UGGCUGUUCUCUCCAUCCUCAUCUUGCUGGUUCUAACAGAUGCUGCCAAAGGUCUGUUUAUUAAAAAAUACUUGUAUAUCACUAGAUAUAGGAACUGGACUGAGGCUCAAACAUACUGCAGAACACGUUAUGUAGAUCUUUUAGUUUUUAACACCGAACAGAAUUUCAACACUAUUGUAAAUCUAACAAAUGGGAUGAACAGCUGGAUCGGCCUUAGAAAAAAUAAAGGUGAGACAAGCUUUACACAAUGGUCUGAUGGAAGUGUACUGGGAUUCUCAAAGUGGAAAAGUGGGCAACCUGACAAUCUUCAGCAGGAAGACUGUGUGCUUAUGUCCAGUGAGUGGGAAAAUCAAGAUUGUUCAAACUUAUAUAAUUUCUUCUGCUACACUUGGGUACCUCAGCUGAUUGUGGUGCAGGAGAAGAAGAACUGGGAGGAGGCUCUGGUGUACUGCAGAAUGCAAUACACUGACCUGGUAAGCCUCACCUCAGCGACAGAUCACUUUUUGGUCAAUAGCAAAAGUAUGGAAUUCUGGACUCCCACAUUCUGGACAAGUCUACGAUUCAUGGACGGUUCGUGGUUCUGGGUGAACGAUAAUUCUCUGCCGAGGCCGACAUCAUUGCCUUCACGGCCAGCUAAGCCUUUUCGAUGUGGAGCACGAAACAUUGCAACUAGCAUCUGGGAGAACAGAGACUGCGAGGAGAAAAUGAACUUCAUUUGCUACCAUAGCACUUGAGCAGACCUCCACCUUUCCAGGUGUUCCUCCACCUGCUCCUUACUCUCACAACAGAUCACAAUGUCAUCCACAAACAUCAUUGUCCACGGAGAUUCCUGUCUGGCUUCAUCUUUCAAUCUGUCCAUGAUCAUAGCGAUCAAGAAGGAACUCAAAGCCGAUCCUUGAUGUAGCCCCACCUCAACCUCGAACUCCUCCUCCUGUCUGACCUACAGCACAUCUCACUGAUGUCGUACUCCUCUCAUACAUAUCCUGAGCUACUCUGAUGUACAACUACUCCUCUCCCACUUCACUGUACUCCAAUUCUAAAUUUAAGUGCUACAUUUUAUUGUAAUAAACAGUCUUCUUCUUUAUUAGAUUUUUGUUUAAUCUACUGUAAACUGUUCUGUUGCCAAUAAUUGUGAUUGCCAGAUGUUAUAUAUGUUGUAAGCAUUUUUGAGUACAUGGAAAGAUAUUUGUAUUCUAUUCUCUAUUAUUUUCUCUCUAUAGUGAUAAUUCAAUUCAAUUCAAGUUUAUUUGUAUAGUGCUUUUUACGUCUUUACAG